AUGUCUGAAGCCGAUGAACCCCAAACGAAAAAAGCCAAGAUCUCUGAUGAGGGAAUGAGCAUUGAAAAAUGGACACCCAAGUCGAUUUCCGAGAUCAAAGAUAAAUUUGCUUUUGACUCUACUACAUACCAUUCUCCCAUUCCUGAUGCGGUCGCCAACAACCCCAGAGAGCCGGUGAGUCUAGGCGUUGACGAGGCUGGAAGGGGGCCAGUGCUAGGUCCUAUGGUGUACGGAAUCUCAUACUGUUUGGAAUCUUACCAAGAAGGACUUAAGAAAAAGUACGGUUUUGCAGACUCUAAGACCCUUAAGGAUUCGAGAAGACAAGAGCUCUUCCAGCUUAUAGAUCAGGAGGACCACGAGCUUCAUAGGAACGUUGGGUGGGCUACGUGCACAAUGACCGCCAAAGAUAUCUCCAGCGGAAUGCUUCGAAGUGCUUUGGGUCAAGGUGCGUACAACUUGAACGAGCAGGCUCACGACACAACCAUAGCGCUCAUUAGCGAGGUGAUCAAGUCUGGCGUCAAUGUCCGCAAGAUAUUUGUCGAUACUGUGGGACCUCCAGCAGCGUACCAGGCCAAGCUUCAAAGGGUGUUUAGCGGUGUGGAUGUGACAGUAACAAAGAAAGCCGAUAGCAUCUACCCCAUUGUGAGUACCGCGUCAGUUGUGGCCAAGGUGACUCGUGACUUGAACUUGCAAUUCUACGAGAAGAAUCUUGAAGUCGUCAAGGGCCAAUCUUUGGGAUCUGGGUACCCAUCGGACCCAACCACCAGCAAAUGGCUUAAGGAGAACGUUGACCCUGUAUUUGGCUGGCAUCACGGGCUCGUUCGUUUCUCAUGGCAAACUGCAAAAGAUGCUCUAGAGAAAGCUGGCGCCGCAAAAGUAAUCUAUGAAGAGGAGUGUGUCAAGGACAAGGGCUACAAGGAUGUGACCGAAAUGUUCAAUGAGCCUGACUGCUUGAUCGACCAGCUGUACUACGCCAAACCUGUCGUUUUAUAA